GCUUUAGCUCUGACUACAGAGACUUUGAUGUGAGGGUGAGCUAGCUAGGUUAACUAGCUAACUGCGGCCGUCUGUUAGUGUUAGUGUGGAGCACAGGCGCUAAUGUUCGUCAAUUUGUCUAAUUCCGCUUUCAGAAACGCUCCCUAACCGUCUCGUUGCUUUCACACAACCAUCCUCCUUAAAGAAGCGUCUGCCUUAGUCGGCUAGCCCGUUAGCUUCUCUGCCUGGGAGGCACCAUUAGCUAGCGUUAGCUAGGCUGCGAUCCUGGGCAUCUCGUCAACUCUACACGUUAGAUGUUUGUGGCUCCUGUGUGUAGGUUACAUGAUCUAAAUAUUUUAACAAAAGUGUUGGAAGGUUUGUUAGAUUGGUCAGCUGUCUGUCUGUCUGUACCGACAUAACCGCACAUAAACUCAGCGUGAGAUUGAUAUGAUUCACACAUUUGAACCGUCGACCACAGGCAGCUUACGAAUGUGAUAUUAGUAUCGAUAUAGCCGAUAUUAGCGGGUAUCGUUACAGUUUGGAUGCGGUUAUAGCCGAUAUUAGCGGGUAUCGUUACAGUUUGGAUGCGGUUAUAGCCGAUAUUAGCGGGUAUCGUUACAGUUUGGAUGCGGUUAUAGCCGAUAUUAGCGGGUAUCGUUACAGUUUGGAUGCGGUUAUAGCCGAUAUUAGCGGGUAUCGUUACAGUUUGGAUGCGGUUAUAGCCGAUAUUAGCGGGUAUCGUUACAGUUUGGAUGCGGUUAUAGCCGAUAUUAGCGGGUAUCGUUAUAGUUUGGAUGCGGUUAUAGCCGAUAUUAGCGGGUAUCGUUAUAGUUUGGAUGCGGUUAUAGCCGAUAAUAGCGGGUAUUGUUACAGUUUGGAUGUGGUAUUACAUUUACAUAUAUUUACAUAUAUUUAUAUGGUUUUAGCCGAUAUUAGCGGGCCGGUUCAUUAGCUAUAUGGACAUCAAGGUCAAAAGGGUCUGGUUUAUGAAAAUGUGUAGUUAACACAGUGCUGAAUGAAAUGUCAGGUUUUUUUGUUUGUUUGUUUUAAUAGUCUAUCUAUUUGUGAAGUUGUAGCAAAUCCCCUAACAUAAACAGCUUAGGUUAGCUAACAACCUCUAUCCUUAUCUUAGCUGGCUUUACUUAGGUAAAACAUUUUUAUUUUAACUGCGUUUACAACCUUAGGACAUGCUUUUGGCACAUUCAAAAGUGAUAGGAUGCCACAAUACAAUCAACACAGAAUUUUGACCCUUAUUUGGUAAAAGUAGCAGAACUUGCCUAAAGUGAAGUUAGUGGCACUUGGACAUCCACACGGGCUUUGAGAUGGCCAAGACUCUGACUAAAAGAGGUGCUCGUGUCUUGAGAAAUGAUUAUCGUGGCUGAGAUGGCUGCUAUCCGUAAGAAGCUGGUGAUAGUUGGAGAUGGAGCUUGUGGAAAGACAUGCUUACUCAUUGUGUUCAGUAAAGACCAGUUCCCUGAAGUGUAUGUGCCUACUGUGUUUGAGAAUUACGUGGCAGACAUUGAAGUUGAUGGAAAGCAGGUAGAGCUUGCCUUGUGGGAUACUGCUGGUCAGGAGGAUUAUGACCGGUUGAGACCUCUCUCCUACCCAGACACGGACGUCAUCCUCAUGUGCUUUUCCGUAGACAGCCCUGACAGCUUGGAGAAUAUUCCAGAGAAGUGGACACCAGAAGUGAAACAUUUCUGUCCAAAUGUUCCCAUCAUCCUCGUGGGCAACAAAAAGGACCUGCGUAACGACGAGCACACGCGACGGGAACUGGCCAAAAUGAAACAGGAGCCUGUGAAACCAGAAGAAGGUAGAGACAUGGCCAAUCGAAUCAACGCAUUUGGUUAUUUGGAAUGCUCAGCCAAGACAAAAGAUGGUGUGCGAGAGGUCUUUGAAAUGGCCACAAGGGCGGCGCUACAGGCAAAGAAGCGCGGGAAGAAGAAUGCCUGCCUGUUGCUAUAGAAAUCCAUGGAAACGGGGGCACUUGAGGGGUUAACUCUGCCAUAGAGGCACAGGAACUGGGAGGGGGGAAGACAUGCACUCCCAUUCUGGUACAAGCUGAAGUAUCUGAGAUGGGCACUGGAGCAUGGGGACAAACCAUGAGGGACCUCUGGCCACACUGCAUUAUCUGUCAUCCUUGCAGCCCAGAGCAGGGGCUGGGGAUCACUGUUCUGAGGUCAGGUUUGGUUAAGGUCUCCAUAGUUAGGACUUUUAUGGUGGUUGUUUUAGUUUUCUUCUAUUUGUUUUAGCCCCGAACUCUUAUACUGUUGUGAACGUCCUCCAGCGGUCUUCAGCAAGUGCUCUGUGUUGAACAGGCUGUACGUAUGUUUGUAAAUGGAUGCAUGUGUAUCUUUUGAUCUCCAUCUCUGUAAGUUAGUGUAUUUGGCCUCAUUUUAUGUGUUUUCCAGCUAAAGGGUGUUGGCCAUCGUGGUGGGUAUUCCCACAUUUUUCAUCUCCUGCUCCAACCUGUUUGGUUUUGGUUUGGGGAUUUUUGUUUGUUUGUUUAUUUCCUCUCUGUUCAUAGAUAUCUCGAUGUCUCGAAGGAUCUGGGACUAUAUUACUCACAUAAAACAUUUGGCAGUUUUGUGUUAUUUAAAGCAUACCGUUUUUUAAACAUUGCAUUUAGAAAAUAAAAUUUUAAUGAAAAA